CCAAAAACCAGCCAAUGAACACAAGUCUUUUCUCUUAAAAACACUUUCAUCACUUUUGGUCUUCAGGUUGCAACAAGAAAGAGAAAGAGAAAAGAAAAGAGAGAAUGGCGUACAGCGCGUGCUUCUUGCACCAGAGUGCACUUGCCUCCUCCACCGGACGAUCAUCAUCUUCCUCGUCGUCCCGUCACGUGUCCCUCUCAAGACCCGUCCAUUUAGUAUGUAGAGCUCAACAGUCUCAGGAAGACGAUAACUCUGCUGUUUCCCGCCGUCUUGCUCUCACCUUACUCGUUGGUGCUGCAGCCAUCGGAUCCAAAGUCUCUCCUGCUGACGCCGCCUAUGGUGAAGCCGCUAAUGUGUUUGGUAAGCCAAAGAAGAACACAGAUUUCCUGCCGUACACAGGAGAAGGAUUCAAAAUCCAGAUCCCAUCAAAGUGGAACCCAAGUAAAGAAAUUGAGUAUCCAGGACAAGUCCUAAGGUUCGAGGACAACUUCGACGCCACCAGCAAUGUCUCUGUCAUGAUCACUCCUACAGACAAGAAAUCCAUCACUGAUUAUGGUUCUCCUGAACAGUUUCUAUCUCAGGUGAAUUAUCUCCUGGGAAAGCAAGCUUACUUCGGCGAAACAGCCUCUGAGGGAGGGUUUGAUGCAAAUGCAGUAGCAACUGCAAACAUUCUUGAAACAUCUACACAAGAAAUCGGAGGGAAACAGUACUAUUACUUGUCGGUUUUGACAAGAACAGCUGAUGGAGAUGAAGGUGGGAAGCACCAACUGAUAACAGCCACUGUGAACGGUGGAAAGCUUUACAUCUGCAAAGCACAAGCAGGAGACAAGAGGUGGUUCAAAGGAGCUAGGAAGUUCGUCGAGAAUGCUGCUACUUCCUUCAGUGUUGCUUGAAACUGAAUUAUAAACAUUAAUGGAAUGCUCUGUUUUCUGUUGUCUUCUUCCUCAUUGUCCCUUGUAUAAAAAAUGGAUCAAGUACACAAAACAAGCAUUUGAGUACUA